CUCUGAGGUCACAGCAAUGAGACCACAGCUGACUCCCCCUCCCAGGGCCAACUCCCUGGUGACUUCUGUGAUGUCUUGGUUGGCAGCAGCCCACAGGGUGUGAAAACACACACCUGUCAGAGCAGGACAGGGGCGGCCAGGCCCCAAGAGGAGCAUUCUGUGCUUAAACACGGCUGAGAGCACAGCGUGCCAGGUCCUCCCCGCAGAAGCGUGGGCUUAGGGCGUCUGUGCAGGGACCUGCGUGGGGAGGACGGAGCCGGCGAGAUGCUCACGGCCCGGGUUGAAGUCCAUCUUCCGACCUCGUGUUAGAUCUCACAGAUGCCUGCCAUUGGCCAUCAGAAUUACACACAAAGCAUCAGGACUGGGAAAAUAAAUCAAGUCUUGUCACACUCGAGAGAGAAAGUAACCACAAGACAAAGACCAUGAGUUCACUUCAUCUUAGGAAUCCUGCAGAUGUACAGUUUUGCUUUCCAUUGGUUAAUACUUCAUGUCCUACAAAGGAGAGGCCCAUGCCAACUAUCUGUGCCAUGUACAUGGUCAUGACUGUUGCCAUAGUGAUGACCAUGCUGGGCAACAUGGCUGUGAUCAUUUCUAUCACCCACUUCAAGCAGCUCCACUCCCCAACCAACUUCCUCACCCUCUCCAUGGCCACCACUGACUUGCUGGUAAGCUGUGUGGUCAUGCCCUUCAGUAUGGUCAGGUCCAUCGAUUCCUGCUGGUACUUCGGAGAUCUCUUCUGCAAAGUGCACAGCUGCUGUGACAUCAUGCUCUGCACCACGUCUAUUUUUCACCUCUGCUUCAUCUCCAUUGACCGCUACUAUGCUGUUUGUGACCCUCUGCACUAUGUCACCCAUAUCACUGUGCCUGUCACAGAGUUCUUUCUGCUCAUCAGUUGGACUGUUCCCGUGUUUUUUGCCUUUGGCCUGGUCUGCUCAGGAUUAAAUGUAAUUGGUGCAGAAGAUUUUAUUGCAGCCAUCGACUGCACAGGUUUGUGUGUGUUGAUAUUUAACAAGCUCUAGGGGGUGCUAGCUUCCCUUAUAGCUUUCUUUAUUCCUGGGACAGUCAUGGUGGGGAUUUACAUACACAUUUUCACAGUAGCCAGGAAGCAUGCCAAGCAAAUUGGCACAGGUCCUAGGACAAAACAGGCUGACUCAGAAACCAGAAUGAAAGUGACAUC